UUUAGAAAAUAUUUGUAUCAUGUCUGUGAUAAGUGCAAGAUUUAGCAGCAAACAUCGUUCAGUGCUCCCGGACACAUCCCUUGAAGUUCAAGUCAGAGCUGCAGAACCGGCAGAUUCAAGCGCCAUCCAGUCGCUAGUUACUCACUUGACGGAGGAGUUAUUCGGCCCUUUCAACAUACUGAACAUAAUAGAAAAGAGUCUGUUCAGUGUGACUCUAAUUGACUCGUCGGAUGAAGUCAUUGGUUUCGCCGCCUUCUCAGACUGCCCUCCACCUUCGGCCCGAAUGACUUCAUCCAAUUGGCCAACCCAAAUGGCCCAGGAGCUGAGUUUGGAAAAUUUCACAAGCUUGAACACGAUGUUUCUGCAUUUGUUUGUGGCAAAGACAGACUUUGCUGUUGGUUGCAUCCAAGAAAUUGUCAAGGCAGUGUUUGCCUCGGUGCCAGACUGCGCCCAGAUAGUUCUCUCAGUGCCAAACAGCAGCCACCCAGACCCAGCCAUCUCAGAUAUUUUCAGACCAGUAAAAAAGACAACCAAAGCAUCCUCAACAGCCAAUUGUACAUUCUUUGUGUCACACAGACACGACAUAUCGCCAGUGCUGCACGUCAGACCGGCUCAAAUGGAGGACAAUGAUGACUUGACGCCUCUGUUUGCACAGCAGAACAAUCAACUGCAGCAGACAUACGGAGACUACUUUGUGGCCGAACUCAUCGACUCGCAGGAUGAGAAACACCAUGCGCUCUGUGCUGAGAAGGGAGGCAGGGCAGUUGGGUUCAUAUCUCUAUCCUCGGAUGUAAAUGUGGAUCUACUCAAUCAGGCAUUCGAACUGGGCCCAUUCCACGGACUGCGCAAACCACACAAAGAUGACGUGCUUGAACCAAGUAAGACAGGCGCCACUCCUCCAGCCCAGAAGAAGAUCUCCCACGGGGGCGAGGGAGUAGCCACUGAUGAGUUGCCGAUGGACUUAGAAGCCACAGUAUGUAUGGUGGGCAGUGACAUUGAAGCCAUUAAUGGAUUCCUAAAGGCCAUGCAGGCUUCAAAUGAAUCAAGUGUUAAGGAGUCUCAAAAUGAUGAUGGAUCCAUGAAGAUGUCAGUGACGUUGGAGCAUUUCAACAGGACCGUCAAACUUCAUUUUGUCUCAAUGCUGGACCAGAAUGUACUGCACGGAGGAGCCAAAGAGAAAGAUGCUCUAACUAGUAGCGACUGUGUCAUUCUGCUCUACAAGCCAACUCAAAUGGAAACCAUUGAAUCCACCGUUCAAAUCUGGAACGCAUUUCUAAACAAAGGAACGUCCAACAACAUGGAUCCCUCAGUUAGUUCAGAGGCUGAUUUUGACCCCACCAACAACACUGCCUCAACUGUGGAUCACGUGGACUCCCACAUGGUGCCCCCACCCUACAAUGCGAAUGGAGGGAGGGGUGAGCAGAUGAAGUUGUUUGUGGCUGAUGUGUCGGAUACGGAGACUGCGGACGGAAUUUCAACUCCGGGAACCAUUGAGGACUUGGCGGCUGAGUACAGUGUGGGAGUGAUGGAGAUGUCACUUCUCUCUUGUGCCCAAGAUGCCACUCUUCUGAGAGAUACUCUUUCCCAUUUGACUGAAGCCAUCUGCAGAACUCAUUAUGGACUGAGCACUCCUUCACUACCUGAUGACGAUGAAGGUCAUCACUCGGGUGAUAAAUCCCACUCGACGAACAAGUCCAAGACCUCAACCAGACCGCCGGUCUCACUCUCAACCAUUGCAGCCCCAGUCCCAUUUGUGCCAGAAUACAAGGGAGAGAGCAACUGUUUCUGCAUCCAACUGUUCUGCAUGAGGGAGGAGUUGGAGACCAGAAGUGGGGACUUCCUAGCCAGUGCAUUCCAGUGUUACCCGGACAGAGACUACUGUGUGUUGACUGUGCCCCAUUUGGUGCCGGAGUUCAUGCUCCUGCAACAAUUUGUGAGAGUGACUCCGCGUGUGCAGAGUAAUCUGGGCCAGGAGUUGUACAUCUUCAACCGAUAUGGACUGCUCAGUGACUUUGAGGUGCGUCCGUGUCUGUCGGCUGAUCUGGCCCAGAUAGAGAGACUGACAGCUGGACUGGAGCACAGAGAUAGGAUGCUGGCUGAUGUCAGACAGUACAACGAGGCUAGGAGAGACAAGGACGGCACCCCUCUUCAUGCCUUCUCAGCCUGCGUUGGGGGCCCUGGACUGCCCAACUCCCCCAAACAGGUGGUGGGAAUCUGUGUUGUGAGACAGGAAGAACAGAUAGAGUAUCUGAAGAGUUGUUUCAACAUAGAGGACUUUGUGUACUAUUCGCACCAUCAGAGGAGUGAACAUGGACAUCUGCACCAUAUGGUGAUGAAUCCGAUAUUCCACCAUCUAACAAGGACAUUCCUGAAGGAAGUGAUGCGUCUGGAUGGUAAGUCGUGUCUGUACUACCCAGUGUUCUCCCGCCAGUACAAUGAGGAGACAGGGGAGAGGGAGUACUCCGAGGAGGAAGCGAGACACACUCUAGUCACGUGUCUGGGGGAGAUGGUACCUGUCAGACCCAGAAGACAGAUAUCAUACCCACUGCAUAUGCUACAUGGCAACGUUCCAUCGGAGCGCGUACUGAGGGAAACACACCCGUUCGCGCUGUACUCUCUCAACCGGAAAUUGGUUCUGGAGCCCAAAAUAGCGAUCAAUGCCAGAAUAGUGGUGGUGGGAGCAUCCGACACCAGCCUGGCGUUUCUGGAGUCCCUGGUGUUCAGUGCACAUUUGAGGUUCAACAAUGUGACCUUGGUGUCUCCACAUGGAUUGCCAGGGGAGUUGCCAGUCUCAAAGGAGGCACAGGAGAUGCUGUCUACAAGCCUGAGUUUCACCCGUGAGCGUCUCUCUCGAAUGUGUCUUCGCAGUUGGGUCACAGUGGUCACUGGCAACAUGGUCCACAUAGACAGAAAGAGCAAGCGCAUACACAUUCAGUCCACACUCCACAACAAAGGCGCACUGGAGGGACUCUCUUAUGACCAUCUGGUGUUGGCCACUGGCAACCAGUACCAGAUCCCAUUCCCACUUGGCAUGUAUGGAAACAAAGAUGAGGACGAGAUCAGGAAGGACUUCUCUGCUCCCCCUAAUGUGUUCACGAUCAACGACGACUUUGAAGCAGACCAUUUACUCUACUAUGUGCGCACCCACCUCACUGCGCCAUCAACUGAUCACGUGGUAGUAUUAGGAGGGGGUACAGUGGACAUGUAUGGGUGUGUGAGGAUGCUGCUGAAUAAUGGAGUGAAGGGGGACAAAAUCAUUCUGGCCAGGAGGGAGUUGGAAGAGGGCGAACCCACUUGCUUCAACAACCCAGAGGUUGAAGAACAAGUCGAUUCAAUGUUGACGAAGAAUGGCGUGCGUGUGUUGGAUAAGUGUGAGCUGUACAGCUGGCGACAGUCAGACUCCACCCCUGAUCACCCAGUGUGUGAAGUGUCUCUCAAAGUGGACGGGGAGUGGGAGAGUUAUUCUUGUCAGUGUGUGAUCUCAUUCCAGGAUAAGAGGGUCGACUUCCACGCUUUCAAGGCGGUGAAUGACAGCUGUCUGGUAUUCGACAGUCGCCUGGUGAUUGACAGUGACUUCCACACCAACGAUGUCUGUGUCAGGGCGGCUGGACCCCUCACCAAAUUCAGCAGGAGAUACCACGCAGACCAGUGGAGUCACGCCAACUUCAACUCACACCAAGUGGGGUCGGAGCUGGCCCACUCGAUGCUUCGUCUGUUUGACCCCACAAUUGAACAACCCAAUGACACGGAAGACGACUUCGACCUUGAAGGGGAAGACGACAACAUGAGACAGCAGCUGAACAACAUGAUUCCGAUUUAUUCCAAGCCAACUGUGGUGUAUUGUGUGUUGCCGGGGGAGUUUGAGUACUUGUGUGUGAGGAAGCCGGACUUACUGAAGAGGGCGGAAGAAGCUAGGAAGGAACCGAACUAUGGCAAAGAGUACGUCACAGGCUCUCUUGACACAUCCGAGGAACCAACCAAAGGAGACAAGUCUGGCUACUUUAUGAUCCACGUGAACAACUACAGCACAGUGCAGACAGUGACUUGUGUGAAUAAGAGAGGGGAGGGGCAGAAUGGAAACAAGAGGAGUAGUUUGAGGAGUGGGAAUAUUAUGUGUCUGUAUGGGAAGAAUGAGAAGUUGCUGAAUAGGAUGGUGUCUAGAUUUGAAGAGGGCCUGAUCAAGGACUUCUACACUUACUUCGAGGAGCCCUGGGCCAUGGCUCUGUUCCACGACAGAUUCGAAGACCUCCUCCUCGAGAUCAGAGAGAUACUCACAAACCCACCUCCAGUUCAAAGUGGAGACGAAGGUGAAGAUGGUGAGAUGAAUUCGUUCACGCAGAAGGUCCGUGCCAUCAUCGAGGAAAACAUGGAGAUGAAGUCUGGAGAGUGGAACAAACUGAUGAAGGAGUUCCAGUCUGGAGGGUACAAGAAGAGUGUGGAGACCAGACUGCUGGCCUACUUGAGCUACAACUACUACCACCUGCCAAUGUAUGCCAAACCAGGCAUGCUGUAAAUGAACUACUUGGAAGAAUGGAGGCCUAGACAUCUGAAGAGAACGAAUUUAAUUGGCAAACUAAUUAACUCAACUCAUAAGAUUGGAUAUUAUACGGGGCAUUAUAUCCACUGCGAAGUGUAUUCUAGAGCCCCUUGAUUCAGAAUUUAGUGGUGUGAGCACAGUGUUACCUUGGUCAAUGGUCAACAAUCUGCCGCAUUUUGUCUUCGCUUGAAUCAAUUGUCCUAAUUAGAGCUUGCACUUGACUUAGGUACCUACUUUCGAAACAUACUACCCUUUAAGAUUAAUCAUGAAAAUUCAUACGCAUUCAGCUAAAGAUUCUAUUACAUCAUUCACUAUGCCGGGAUGAGUGACUUAGUACUAAAGAAUGGCAUGUGACAUCUAAAUAUAUAAAACUGUCGAAGUAAGCACUGUGCAGUUUAAAUGUGAAAAUGUCAAGUUUAUGUACAUGUGUUUUAGUCUAGCCUUUGCUCAAGCAUUCAGUAUCGCUGAGCGUUCUAACAUUCUUCUGAAUCAUGUGACAUUAAAUUAAGCUACUAUGUUUUACUUCAAAAUGCUAAAUAAAGCUUCUUAAUUCAUGCGGCGUCAAGUAAAGCUACUAAAACUUGUUCAUUAUUUGUGGGCGCUUAAAAAUGUAAAAACUCUGUUGUAAAUAUUAUUAGCAGCAUAUGAAAUGUAAAAAUGAUUUAUAGUUUUGUAUAUAAAUGUUUAGCCUACCUUCUUAUCAAAUCGUUCAAUUUGGUUAUGCAUUUUAACGUUCUGCUUGUUUUGACAGUUUUCUGCUUGGAGGUUAAAUUUUCGUGAAUAUAUUCAAACACUGCGACUCAAUGGCU